CUCCUGCCUCUCCUCCCCGGAGGGCGAGUUCCCCGAGGAUUUUGAGCCCAGGGACCUGCCUCCUUUCGGCGCCCCCGAGCCCCCCGAGCCCGCCUGCUCCGAGGAAGAGGAGCAUGUCAGAGCUCCCACUGGCCACCACCAGGCCGGCCACUGCCUCAUGUGGGCUUGCAAAGCCUGCAAGAGAAAAUCCACCACAAUGGACCGGCGGAAGGCGGCCACCAUGAGGGAGAGGAGGAGGUUGAAGAAAGUGAACCAGGCUUUUGAGACCUUGAAGAGAUGUACCACUGCCAAUCCCAACCAAAGACUCCCCAAAGUAGAGAUCCUGAGAAACGCCAUCAGAUACAUCGAGAGUCUCCAGGAGCUCUUGAGGGAACAGGUAGAAAACUACUAUCACCUGCCGGGACAGAGCUGCUCCGAACCGACCAGCCCCACUUCCAGCUGCUCCGAUGGGAUGGUAAGAGAGGGCCAGGAGCGAUGGGGCUGUGGGAACUCCAGGAAGGCCCGCGGGCAGCCUCCCUCCCCCGCCCCAGAGGCGUGGGACCUGUCCCAUGG